AUGGCCGAGUCCAGUAAGCUCCAUGCUCUCUUCUUCAUUUGCUUGCUCUUCAUCUCCUCAGCCACUCCCAUUCUUGGCUGCGGUACUUGUGGCAAGCCUCCUCCAAAACACAAACCUAAGCCUAAGACCCCCAAAGGCCCCAUCCCUCCCAUUCAUGUCAAUCCCCCAGUUGUUAAAGUCCCUCCGGUCAUCCCUCCCAUCGUUAAACCACCAGUCACAAUCCCACCCAUUGUCAAACCACCAGUCACAAUCCCACCCAUCGUCAAACCACCAGUUACAAUCCCUCCCAUCGUCAAACCACCAGUUACAAUACCUCCCAUUAUCCCACCCGUUGUUAAGCCACCGGUUACAAUCCCACCCAUCGUUAAGCCACCAGUUACAAUCCCACCCAUCGUCAAACCACCAGUUAUAAUCCCUCCCAUUAUCCCACCCGUCGUCAAACCACCAGUUACAAUCCCUCCCAUUAUCCCACCCGUCGUCAAACCACCAGUUACAAUCCCUCCCAUUAUCCCACCCAUUGUUAAGCCACCGGUUACAAUCCCACCCAUUGUUAAGCCACCAGUUACAAUCCCACCCAUUUUGAAACCGCCAGUGACCCUGCCUCCAAUAGUGCCACCUGGCAUAAUCCCUCCAGUCAUAGGAGGAGGGCCACCGGGUAAAAAGACUCCGAGUCCCGGCACACCAUGCCCUCCUCCUGCCGGGAGUCCGGGGGCCCAGGAUACUUGUCCCAUCGACACGCUGAAACUGGGUGCUUGUGUGGAUCUUCUUGGUGGGUUGGUGCACAUUGGGCAAGGUGACCCAGUGGUAAAUGAAUGCUGUCCAGUGCUGCAAGGGCUUGUUGAGCUUGAGGCUGCCGUGUGUCUCUGCACAACUCUCAAAAUCAAGCUUCUUAACCUCAACAUCUUUGUCCCGAUUGCUCUUCAGCUCCUUGUCACCUGUGGCAAGUCACCUCCUCCUGGUUACACCUGCUCUCUCUAG